GUCCGGCAGGAUCCUGCGAGGCUUGAGUUUCGCUGUGUUGAUUCGGGAGCCGCUCGCAGCUCGGGCGUUGGUCUUUCAUAUGGGCUGAGCUGGGUUUGGGAAGACGAUCCCCUCGAUGCUAAGGAGAAGAUGCCCAUGUGCCACGACGUGGUGGAGCGCUUCCACAGGAUGCCCGAGACCUUUCGUAGGGACUACAGGCAGAUCUGGGACGACCAGGCGAAUGGUCUCGCGGAGGGCUCCUGGAGCAUGACGACAUGGUGGAGGCGGAGCCACGAGCUCAUCCCCGGGGCCGGCGGAUCUCGCACGGCCUCCGAGAGGAGUGGAUCCCAUCGGAGAUGGUGACCUCCUCCGGCCUGCGCUGCCGGGCGGGCUGCGCCGAGCUCAUCUCCCUCGCGCGCCGCCUCGGCGUGCCGGUGCUGGUGGUCUCGGCCGGCAUCCGGGAGCUGAUCGUGGAGGCGCUGGGCCGCGAGGGCGUGGACGUCGCGCAGCUGCGCGUGCGCGCGAACGGGAUGGUCUUCGGGGCCGACGGCUGCCUGUGCGGCUUCGAGGAGCCCAUGGUCACCUCGGACAACAAGCACCUGGUCGGCGAAUGGGAGGCCGAGUACUUCUCGAUGGUCCUCAGGACGUGCGUUAGCCCACUUCGUUUGGAGCCCGUCACCCUGCGCCGAUGGCAUGUAGCCUGCGUCGGCCUUCGUUUUGUCGCCUGGUGUUUGCUUCGGUGAGCAAGCAUUCGUUGGUACUGGCGCGCGUUCUGAGGAUCGUCGAACUUCGCGCGGGUGGCCCGGCCGUAUGCCCUCGUCGUGGGCGACGGCUUGAAGGACUGCGAGCCCCUCGUGCGCUUGGCUGGGCUUUCGGAGGCGGUGCGGCUCGGGCUGUUCAACGCGUUGUCCAGGGGCUCUCAGCUGCAGCAGUACGAGGAGACCUUCGACCUGCUUCUGAGCAACGAGGAGCUCGGCCCAGGGCAGGAUCUGGAUCUGCAGCCCGUCAUCGACCUCGUCCUGGACAUCUCAGGCCCGCGCAGGGGCGGAAGCUCAGGCUCCGUCGGGAUCUGGCGUCUUCUUGGCCAGGCUUGCUCCUGCGUGUGUGCCGGUCCGUGUGCCAGCUCGCCCAAAAAAGGGAACCCGCCAUCAUCGCCAUCGUGUGGCA